AUGUGGUUCAAGCAAAAUUUGCCGACAGACGUGGACGUCCUCACAGUUGAUGAUAUCCGUGUCCUAAUUGGCAGGUACCUGUGUCGUUUCAAAACCGGUAGCAAAGCAGAUGAAAAGGAACUGGAAAACUGCUCCAUCUCAAUGUCUGUUGAUAUGACGAAUGAAUUCCUAAAACGGGAAGCCCAUGAAUUCUCUUCGAUGGGCCUUUCCGUUCCCGACCUCACUUCGAAGCCGAAUCUCGAGAAGCUCAGGAACUGGAAUGGCGAAGCCGACAAAAUGAUGUCAAUCUCAAUGGCCCUGGUGAAAAAGACCUAA